AUGCGCCCACCGUCGUCGCCCCAGCCGCUGCGCCCUCCCGCCGUGCAUCGGGCCAGCUGGCUCCGGCUACGUCUGUCCCUAGAUCGGCUGCGACAGCGCACACAGCGGCAGCGCGCUCUCGCAGUCGUGCUGCCCUCUGUGUCUCCGUGGCGCGGCCGGAGCAAGCCGACGCUGGGCACCGGCAUGCCGACUGCGUGCCGCGGGCGUGGUGUUCCUCGCUCAUCUCGUUUCCUCCAACGGUGCCGGGGGCGCGACUCCACCCCGACUCCCCAAAUUAGAACGAUCGCCAUCUCAAACAGCGACCCUGCCGUGGGGCGUGCGGGCCAGCGAAUGGGCGGCCACAGGUUCCUGGCGCCACGAGUGCCGAGGAGCACGCCAGCGAGCGUCCGCGAGGGGUGCUCCAAUCCUCGCAUCCUCUCGUUGACCUCGUCGCUCUGCCCUCAGGGCUGGCCGCUGUGUGCGACCGCCGGCGUGACUGUGCCAUCAGCUCGCACGCUCACCUUCUCGUGGCAUCGAGACAGCCCUCGCGAUUGGCCGCCAUAUGGCCACGCCGCCCUCGGUGGCCGCCCUCGUUUUCCACCGUCACGUUUCAGCCACGGGGCCGCACGGCAUGGCCGCCCUUGGCAAAAUCUCCGAGUCUUUCAACCUGCGACGCUCGGCAGCGUCAUCACAGCGGCUACAAGAUGCCACAGAGGGAGCCUUGCCGGUCCCGCUGCCAGCACCGAUGCGGUGUGGCAGUUCGGCGAAGCUCAACACUACGGACCCUGACGCUUCAAGCCGUGAUGCGAAAAGGGGUCGAGCUGCUCCAUAUCGUAACGAGCCUGAAGCUGCCAGCUCCAUGCCCGACGAAACACCUCGGAUCUGGUCUCAAGCCAUGAACAGCCCGAACACAUGUCCUUCGCUCAGCUCCGCCGCCCUCGAUUGAGCAUGUCGCCAGGAAAGCGGAGUGAGGAAUGCGAACCAUCCCCUUGGCCCCGAGCACGCCCCCGAGCAUCCCAACACCAUGGGUCUUGCUGCCCCCAUUUCCAAGUCUCCCGCCUCCUUCAUUUCUGGAUCCAUCUGUAUGCCCGCAACACCGCGGCGGGGUCCUUGCGCAUUCCACCAACCGCGUCUGCCCCCGUCUCGAUCCCAUCACCCAUAGCCGCCCUGUGCUGCCACGAUUAACUCUUCUAGGCUUGCUUCAUUCAUCAAUUACGUCCUCCUACAACACAUGGGACUCCAUGCUACCUAGUCUAUCUAUAGCGGUGCUUAUUUAAUGUAAGCGU